AUGUUGAACAUUGGAAUCUUAAUUCUUCCCAAGACUAUUAAACUAAAAUCAGAAGACGUGAGAGAAAAUGAGGCCACUAUUAUCUGGGAUAGCUUACAGGAUUUAUUCUCCUCAACAUCCAAGUUAUUUAUCUGGUACAAAUCAAAUUCUGCUGAAGGAAUACAGCAUUUCUACAAAAUAUUCCCAAAUGAGACUAAAGCAGUUAUAUCUGAGCUGAAACCUGGGCACCACUAUUAUUUUGCAUUAAUGAUGAGCGAUAUCAUGGGUGCUCAUAGAACAGUUACCUCAGUUUUGAAUGUACAAACAAGGCCAAAUCCACCACAGAAUCUUACAUUGGGAGAGUUAACAUCAUCUGAAAUACAGCUGCUUUGGGGUCCUCCAGAGAAAUCACAGUCUGGAACUUUUCAUCACUACCUCAUCAGCUUUAUGCCAUUAAAAUCAAGAGGGCCAAUAACAGAAGAUGUCGCAACAGAGAAUACAUCUGUAGUACUUCAGAACCUGAGGCCAUUCCGCUCUUAUGAAAUCUAUAUCCAAGCAGUGACUGAGGGAGGAUCACUGAGUUGUGCUGAAGGGCCGUUGUUUGCAAGUACAGAUCCCAGCCCUCCUGCCAGUAUCUACAUUGAUAAUGCAGAUGUUUGGGAGAACACAAUGAUUGUACACUGGGAGCCACCAUUAGAAGGAUGUGACGAAUACCACCUUCACAUACAGAUGAGCAAUCAAAGCAGUGAAAUAAAACAGUAUUCGGUGAUAAAUAUAACAUGGUUUCAAUUUGAUUUCAUGAUUCCUGGAGCUACAUAUGACAUUGAGGUGAUGGCAGUAAGAAGUGGAAAGAGAAGCAAACCAAAAUGUAUCACACAAACUACAAAACCACUACCAGUUGUGAUUGCCUUUCCCAUUGAUAUUCAAACCCACUCAACAGCGCUGUACGUUGUAAUGCCAAACAUUGGUUUAUUUGAUGGAGUCAUUGUUACAUAUGGAGUUGAAAAUAAAAGAAUACCCACUUCUAAGAGAGAUUUUAAUGUAACUAUAGAAAAGUUGACACCUGGUGAAGAAUAUAAAUUUGCAGUACAUUCAAGCAGUGGCAAUAUGAAGAGCAAAACGUACAGAGUUCCUAUUGUGAAAACCUCAGUGAAUGCUCAGGAUGAAGUUGGUGAACUGUCAAACUUUCCCCUCACUGAUUAG